AUGGCGUCUCGUCGAGCACCUCUCGUCCUCGUCUUCUUCCUCGCGUUCGUCUCCCUCUUCGCCGUCCAUGCGUCAGGUGCAUCAUGUGCAGCGGCCGGCGCGGAGUCGCCGUUCCUGCUCGCGGCGGCGCGGACGCACCGGAAGGACCCUCUCGCCGGGCUGAGGUACUACACCGGCGGCUGGAACAUCAGCAGCGACCACUACUGGGCGUCGGUGGGCUUCAGCGCGGCGCCGGUGUUCGCGGCGGCCGGAAUCUGGUUCGCGGUGUUCGGCGCCGCGCUCUUCCUCGCCGGCUGCUGCUACUGCUGCUGCCCGAGCCGCAGCACCUCCUACUCCCGCGCGGGCCUGCUCAUCUCGUUCGCGCUCCUCCUCCUUUUCACCGCCGCCGCCGUCGUGGGGUGCGCCAUACUGUACGACGGGCAGGGCCGGUUCCACGGCAGCACGUCGGCGACGGUGGACUACGUGGUGAAGCAGUCCGGCGACACGGUCGACAACCUGCGCACCUUCACGGGGUAUUUGGUGGCGGCGAAGGCGGCCGGCGUGGGGCCCGUCUCCCUGCCCGAUGACCUCAAGGGGAGGAUCGACGACGUGGUGCGCAAGGUGGGCUCUGCCUCCGACGUGCUCGCCGCCCGCACCGCCAGCAACUCCGCCAAGAUCCGAGACGCCCUGGACACAAUAAGGAAGAUUCUGAUUGUUCUUGCAGCCGGGAUGCUAAUCCUUGCCUUUGCUGGUCUUGUGUUGUCGGCGUGUGGAUUGGAGUCGCUGGUCUACGUGUUGGUGUUUCUUGCGUGGAUUAUGGUGGCGGCAACGUUCGUGCUGUGCGGUACUUUCCUCCUCCUGCACAACGUGGUUGGGGACACGUGCGAGGCGAUGGGAGAGUGGGUGCGGCACCCGCAGGAGCACACGGCGCUGGACGACAUCCUCCCCUGCGUCGACACGGCCGCGGCCACGGAGGCGCUGAGCCGGGGCAAGGAGGUGAACUACCGUCUCGUCGCCGUGCUGAACGGCGUCAUCUCCAACGUCUCCAACGCCGACUUCCCUCCGGGGGCUCCGCCCACGCCGCCGCUCAACUACAACCAGUCCGGCCCGCCCGUCCCGCUGCUCUGCAACCCGUACACGCCGGACCUGCGCGACCGCGCAUGCGCCCCCGGCGAGGUCAUCGGCCCGGACGCCGCGCGGCAGGCUUGGGGGACACACGCGUGCAAGACCGAGGGAUCGGGGCAGGUGUGCGCCACAACGGGGCGUGUGACGCCGUCGAUGCUCGGGCAGAUGGUCGGCGCCGCCAACGUGAGCUACGGGCUGUCCCGGUACGGGCCGGUGCUGACCGAUCUGGCCGACUGUACCUUCGUGCGCCGCGCCUUCCAGGCCGUCGGCAAGGAUCACUGCCCCGGCCUCGGCAUGUACAGCAAGCAGGUGUACCAGGGCCUCCUCGCCGUCGCGGUUGCGGUAUUGCUCUCCGUGCUGCUGUGGGUCCUGCACUCGAGGGAGAGGCGGAAGAGGAGCGACGCCAGGGAGAUGGAGCUCGUCGCCCCGGCACCGCCCAUGUACAGGCACGUGGAGGAGAAGGCGCUCCUCUACAGCCCGAGGAGGCCGUACAUGUGAGCGUCUCAGUUUAGUCAGAUGUCAUGUUAGUAUCCAAAAUCGACAGAGGCUCCCCUUCAGGUUAUGCUUGUAGCAUGCUGUUGAUAUGGUAGCAAAGUGCUAACUCAAACUCGAGAAGCUUGC